AUGGAAUCAAAAGAUGAUAAAAUUGAGGGAACAAAUCCCAUUCUUUGGCCAGAAUAUUCUGAUUGUCAAUAUCAAGAUUGUGCAGAAUGUGGAUUGGUUAUCCUGGGUAAGUUUUUUAAUAUAAAAUAUGUAUAAAUUAUUAAUUUUCCAGGAUCAAUGUUCACUUGUAAUCUUUGCGAUGACCAUCAUAUUUGUGCAACAUGUUAUAACGAUCAAAUUGUCGAAGAGACAAUUCAUUCUCGAAAAUCUUUAGAAUAUCCAGAAAAUCAUCCACACAUGCAUCAUUCUUAUCGAUUGGAUAUGUCACCUUUUGGAAAAUGUAAAUAUUUUUUUCUGAAAUUUUUAUUGGAACAAAAUAUGAUUGUUAGUUUGCAGUAGCGUUUCCUGUUCAUGACAAACCGUGUGCAAGUUGUGGUUCGAAAGUUUUUCCGGGUUUGAGAUAUGUGUGAGUUUUUAUUUCAAUUAUAUUUCAUUAUUUGAAAAAAAAACGAUUGAAAAGUCUCAAAACUUAUGAAUCAUUUUAAAGUUGUUGUUUCUUGAAACAAUAGAAUAGCAAAAACAAUGAAACAUUUUCGAAAAUUCGAUUCACCAAGUUCAGAGAGGUUUCAAUAAAAUAUUUUAAUGAAAUCAAAAUAACAGAAAAAAAAACAAGAAAAAUGAUUUUUAGCUGUCCAGAAAUCUGCCCAGAUUAUGGAAUUUGUGCAACAUGUUUCAUCAAGAAAAAAGGAAGUGAAGAAAUCGAAAUGUUUGAAGCGGUUCAAGCAAAUCCAAAACUUGAAAGUAAACAUCAAAUUGGAGCAGCAAUUGUGACUCAAAAAUAUUAUGGUAUUGGUUUAGCAAGACUAGAUUGGUUUAAAAUUAAUAAACAAGAUGAGGUAAUUUCAAAAUGAAUUCCAAUUCUCCCAAUGAAAAUGAUUUUUUAGCAAGAAAUGAAAAAUCUGGCAAGAAAAAUCGGUUUUGCCAUCUAUCAAUAUCCCACAAAUCUACCUCAAGAAGAAAGAAACAGUUUGAACCCGGAUCAGUUAGAAGAACUCAUUAAAGUUAUUGAAUUAGAAGCUUCAUCAAAAGAUAAGCAAAAGAAAUCCAAAAUGGAUGUGAAAUUUGUGCCACAAUUUGGAUAUAAUAAAGAGGUAAGAUGGGUAUUUGAAAUGCGGUGAACGAUAUUGGCGGGACUCUUUUUUUUGUAUUUUUAAGGGUUGAGAGAACACACAACAUGUCAGCUCUGAAGAAUUUGCAAUUGUUGAGAGAGAAAGAAUAUUUUCACGUGAAUUUCCCAUUUUUAACUGGAAAAAUACGGAGAUUAUUUUUUAUACAAAAUUAUUGCAACGUGUCUUUGUCACUAUCACAAAUUUCUUUUGAAAAUUUUCAAAUGAAAAUAAUUCUGGCUGAGAAAAUAGUUUUUCGGAAUUUGAUUUAUGUAAUAACUAACGAAUUUUGGUUGAUAAGUUUUAUCAAAAAUUUUCAGAAUUCUCAAUUUUUAAGAAAAAAUAACUUUGACAUAGCCUGAAUGUUUUAGUUGAAUUCACACUGAUGUGUUUUUAAAAUCUGCAACUAUUUUUGUCAAAAUCUCAAAUAGCCUUGAACUUUUUCAGCAAGAAGAGCAUAUUCUUCAAAUCCGUGAUGAAUUAUUUGAUAUCAAUAGAAAACAAAAAAAGUUAAAAGAUGGAGAUGAAAACAUAAUAGAAACAAAAUUCGUAUUCGUCUCAUUUUUCGCCGAUGGUUCACAUUCCAAUGUUCUCCCAAUGAUUUGUCUAAAAAUCAACGAUUCAAAAACAAUUUAUGUUGAAUCAAGUGGUAGAGCAUAUGAUGGAUGGACUGAUUUUAUUGACAAGAACAAAUUGCCAGAAUGUUCUAUUUUAUAUCCAAAUGAUGGACAUUAUGAGGUAUGAAAAUUCUGAACUCAUUUGGAAAAUAAUAUGUUUUUUGUCAGAUUGAAUCCGGUGGAGUUUUGAAUCUUCGUUACGAUUUAUCAAGAAGAAGCAAGUUACCAAGUAAAAUUGCAAAAAUAAGUGAUAGAAGUGCAAUGGGAAUUGGUAUUGCGGCAACAAUUGGUUCUGUUGUUGGACUUUUCACUCCAUUAGCUCCAAUUGCUGCAACAACUUUGCUAUAUACAGCAAUUGGAACUGGUAUUUAUACAAUGGCAAGAUCUGGUUAUCAUUUGGUAGAUCGAGCAACACAUAAUGAGAAUGUUAAUCCGCUUCGAAGUCGAGAGAAUUUUGUGGAUUGGUUAGCAGUUGCAGCAUCUCUUGCAUCUUUUGGAGCAAUCGGUGGAUCAGCGGUAUGAUUUUUAUUUUCAUAAAAUUGUUUCUAUUCCGUUUCAAAUUGUAUUUUUUAUAGUAUCUAACUGUUAUGGCAACACAAGGAGUUGAAGUUAGUCAAGCGAUUGAAUGCACCGUGAAUGCUGCAAUUUUUGCCAAUUUCGCAGUUUCUGGAAUUGCUCUCACAGCUUCUGGCUUCAAUAUUUUUGAAAAAGUUGCCAAUGGAGAAAGACCUACUGCCCUGGAACUUUUCCAAUUUUCAACCAGUUUGCUCUUUUUCACGAAUGCUGCUGUUAAUUUGCAUACUGCCGAAAAAUUGAUUCAAGAAACUACACAAGAAAAAAUCAACGAAUUCCGUGACACUUUGAAAACCGCAGAAGAUAAACAGAAUUUUGAUUCAACGAUCAAUGAAAAGCUGAAAAAUGCCGAAGGUGCUGGAGGUGGAGGAAGUUCGAAAAAUAAAGUAAACUUGGAAACAAUCAAAGAUAUUCAUAAAGCAAUGUUGGCUGAUAAACAUGUUGAAGCUCAUAUUCGUAAGUUUUAUACAAAAAAAUUUCUUAAUGUAAAUAAUUAUUUUCAGAUGACAUUGAUGUGCCAACAAAAGGAUCAAAAACAAAACCAAUGCCUUCUUCAAGUGUUCCAAAACUUCAAGCAAAACAAUUAACUGUUAGUGAUAAGAAAAUUGUUGAGGAACAUUUGCGAACUUUGGAUGCUCGAGGACAAUCAAAAUUACCUGCGACAAAACAAAAAGCUACUACUUAUUUGAAUAUUGGUUGGGAUGAUAUUGCUGCAAAAGUCAAGUCUAUUCUGACUACAGGCGGAGCAAUGUGAGUGAAAAAAUAAUGGAAUUCCUGGGUUGAGUAAGAUUUGUGAAACAAAUUUAAAUUUUAAAGUUAAUUAGGAUUUAUGUGACAUAGAUAAAAACAGAGUGUUUUUAUCCCUUCAAUUUUAUUUAAUUUUUUAUUUCAACACAAACAUUGAUAUUGAGUGUCUCUAGUUUCACUUCUUAUCAAAACUCAUGACAACUUCCAGAAAAAAAACAAUCUCUUUUUUUCAGAACGGAAAAACUAAUUGAUGGUAAAACUAGAAAAUUGAUCAAAAUUGAUAACGGAGAUGACGGUUUUCCUGGAGCUCGCGUUGAAACUGUUCCAAAUGGUGUUUCAAUUCAAAAAGGAAUCAUCGAUCACAUCGAAAUUGUUUUGAAUGAUGCAAAUGAGCCGAUUCCUCACUAUGUUGAAGGAACAAUUCGAGCUGGAACUGCGCAAAAACCUAUAAGAAUUCGACUUGAAAAUCGAGGAGUUCUUGGAAAUAUUCGAGCAAAGCCUAAAGUCAAAAUGUUUAAAGAAGAAAUCAGCAAAGGAAUUCGUGUGGAAGAUCAAGAAUUAUCUGAUAAUUAUUUCAUGUAUUAUGACUGGUCAUAA